ACAGUGACGUCAGUCGCUCAGGCCUCAGUUCAGUCAGCUAGUCAUGAAUUUGUUUUUACCUGGUUGGCAGGAAUCAUCAUGCAACACCAGGAGCAUCACAUCAUGUUCAUGGACUUCUGUGAGGACAGACACUAUCUGCUGGAGGAUGAUAGUCCCACAGAAAUGAUGAUGAUGAAGAAGGAGCACAAAGACGCAGAGCUGGAUAAAAAGAUCGAGGCCUUACGGAAGAAAAAUGAAGCACUUAUGAAACGCUACCAGGAAGUGGAGGAGGAUAAAAAGAGGGCGGAGCAGGAAGGGAUGUCACUGCACAGCAGGAAGGGAAAGCCUGAUGAUUUAACCAUCACUAUCAACAAAUCCUCCAACGAUCAGCGUGUGGUGACCAAGCGUUCAGGCCCUGCAGGACUAAGAGACGGAGAGCAGGAGAAGGAUCUGGGAUCGAGCGUCUUCAGCUGCGGGAGAGGAAAAAGACGGCAACUCCUCGUCACCACACCAGGAAACAUCAAGGGGAAGAGGGUGUUCGGCGAAAGAAAGGACAGAAACCGGCCCGUGAGUCCAGCGAGGUUGAAGUCGUGUGCUGAGGAAGAGCAGGAGUCCAACAACACACGAGGAAAACAGCGGCCUCCGUCUACAAAGAGAGUCACGGAGGACAACACAGGAAAACCGGAUCAGUGGAGUCUAUGUGAGGACCCGUAUGUCGUCCCGGUCACAGAGGCCGUCGCUGACCUAAACCUCGUCACGUCCAAAGAAGAGCAGCUGGAGUACCUGCGGUGGAAGAAGGAGCGCGAGGAGAUCGACCGCGAGCGCGUGGCCCGACACAAAAACGCCAAAGGCCAGUGGAGGAGAGCCUGGGACAUGGAGAAGACCGAUCUGAUGUUCUCUGAAAAAGAACACGGAGGAACAUCAAAUAGAGGAGGUCGAAACAACAGAAGAGGAAACCCGAGAUCAGAAGAAUCGAGAGGUCGACAGCAGGCGUCAGAGAGAAAGGGGAAGUGUGUUCCAGUGGUGGGCAGUAAAGCGAAGGGUAAAGACCGACUGACGGGUCGAGCGAGGAGGUGGGACGCUAAAGAACAGGAGGAGCAUUUGCAGGUGUAUCCAGAGAGCAGUUUGCAGGAGUUUUUAGAGGAACUUGACGCUCUUUGUGCUCCUGAGGCGGAGAACGUCAAUCCAGAAACUGAUAUUGAAAACACAAAGCCAGGUGGAUCCGAAGACUCAUUGAAAACAGCCUGUGUCAUGACCUCCAACGGGACGGCGGACCAGAAUGGAUCCGUUUCUAUAGAAAAGUCUCAUUCAGAGCUGCCCGCUCCCAAGGCCAUUGAGAAGAAGGUCCGCUUUUCUGGGAACCACAACAGAAACGGCACAGAAACACCUUCACGGGUCAAGAACGGCCCUGUAGAAGACGACAGACGAACACUGGCGCAAGACGACAGCGAAUGCGUCCCGGAAGAGAUAAAACCGGCCUUUCCGAAGCAGGAAAACCAUGUGGAGAAACUGAAUCCGGUUUCUGAAGGAAGUGCAACUGAAGCCGGCGAAGCGUCGUGUCCCAAACCCGGAGAUGUUCGUAUAUCAGCAGAACCGGAUGAGAACCAACCUGUCGAACACACCAAGAGCUGCUCUAACAGAGGAAAUGAAGAGCUGAUGGACUCGAGUCUGUCUGUCCUGAAUCUGGAGCCGGGCGAAUCUCUCCCCGACCACAGCACCAGCGCUGAUAUGGCCAGAGAGAAUGGGAAAGUGGUUUAGAUGGGAAAAGAUGUCACUCACAUCCGGAGCGAAACGUCAUGCACUAAAACCAAAACAAACAGAAGAACGAAAAUAUCAUUUGCUUAUGUUUCUGACUGAUUCGCUCCCAUCUGAGUCAUUACUCAGAGUUUCUCUAUAAGCUUCUGUGUUUGGAGUAUUUUUGGGAGCGUUUGAGCAUCGUGUCGUUUUAUUGGAUGCUGAACGUUGAAAACACUGGUUGUGAUUGUUCUGCUUAGUUUAUCUUCUCGUAGGUUAAAGAUUGUUAACGCUUCAACGCACAGUUAACCUUUAUCUGAGCCACCAAACCCAAAGGUCCGGUGGGUUUUGAGGGAUCUUUGUUGGUUUGGUGGGAUGUCAGUCUAAAAGCACUACAAACGACUUGAAUGUGUAACUUCAUGAAGUUUAGUGGAACAAACCCAUAGACACGUGUGCAUGUAGACUUAACCAGCACACUAACUGACUAACCUAGUCUAGUACUCUUCAUCAUAACUCACAUACUGUAUAUCUGACAGAAGCCUCUCGGUUGCCAUAUCAUAUUCUUCAUAAGCACAGGUGUCGUGGGGUUUUGCGUGCAUAGUUCAAGGAUCGUUCAAGUAUGUUAAUUAGCACUUUAUUUUGUACGAAUGAACUGAAAAAGUAUCAAAACCGUUCGUUUGGUUUUGCUAUUUGAUUCAAAAUCAGACUAUUAAGGUCUAAAUUAUUUUGUUUUACAAAAGACUGCAGAAUGUUUAGCACAUGAACGUGUUUUGGAUACUGGUCGGUCGAUUUAAAGCAGGUUUUCUGCUAGUUUGGCACUCAAUUGUUAAUUGUUUGAUUGUAAAUGGUAAUGAAUUAUCAUCGCACUGAUGUCCAGAUGAGUUGGACAAAGUUACGGUUUGAAGAACACACUUUAGGGUUUGAUGUUUUUAGUGACUAAGGGUUGAUUUUUAUAUGGUCACUUAAUUAUUUUGUGUUCAUUUGGUUUUGAAAUGAAUGUUAAAUAUGAAUAAUAAGCAUUAAAAACUUUUACCAACCCUGUA